UACUUUUGCUUCUGCACUUCGCACGGUCAUCGGCAUCCCUAAUUAUCAAACUGUAUAGCACGCAUAUCAUCCUUGACAACAUCAAGCCAGAAUUUCUUGGGUUUGCCUCUUCUGCCAGGGCCUGGCACAAUAAAAUCACCAUCAAUGAUCGAACAUGCCGCCUAUCGUGCCGUGCGAAGUGAGGAAGAAAAAGUAGGAAAGCGUUCUCUGGGCUCCGUUGCUUGACGGCUGAGGAAGUAAUCGGGAACACGCUCAGAUGAAAGAGUUAACAUGAUGUCUUAGUUAAUGGUAUAUUCGACUGCAUUUCAAGUAACCCUGUAAUAGAGGUGCAAUAAAGGAGUUGUGCUGUUGAAUGUACUGAUAUGAGGAAGUAAGGACGCAUAAUCUACUGGACGGAUUGUGGUGAUGUAUUUUUUAAGUUUGCGUUAUGGUACUUUUUAUGCCCAAAAUUUUAAGGGAACGGAGUCCCUGUGUUCGGUUUGUACAGUGUUAUAUUUAUACCAAUAGCAACCUCGCAGGUCUAAAUAGCUGACAUCAUAAAUUAUUAUUGUCCUGUGCUUACAUGAAUGAAAAAUAACCCUGUAUAUUGGUUUAUUGCCAUUGUUAUGUAUAAUCAAUAGCAAGCAUCAUACCAUUUUGAUGCUCCCUCUAUUGGGAAACUGACCUUUUUACAUCUAUCGAUGGAUAAGGAAGUUGAGCCAUGGACAUCUAUCAUUUAAUUGUUUCAAGGAUUAAAAAAAAUAGCUUUUUUCAUGAUCUCUCAUGAAAAAAGCUAUUUUUAUAUGCCAAAUAUUAUGAGUCAAAUGUGCCGUCUUAUACAAAAGGGAAUAAUAUGCAAAGCUCGUCUCAGAUGGCUCUGUCUGACGUUUGGUGGAAAAUUUACCGCAUAAUUUUUACAAUGACUCGCAUUUCGUACUUCUUUCAUCCUUUGGUAAUCAAAUUAAUUCCAAGAUUUCUAAAUACAUAUACGCAGCACUGUUGCAUUGUUAUUUGCACACUGUCUACUACUUUGUAAAUUUUAACUGUAAUUUAAGUAAAAUUCGGAUAUUUUUCACGCUUUGUGAUCUUUGUUUACCACCUAUAUGUUAUUCCUCAGUGCUCUGACGGGAUAAUAGUGAUAAUUUUGCAGUAAUAUUCCCCAUUUCGUGCCCAAGCUCCAUGGGCAGAAAGCCCAAAUAAUGAUUCUGAAUUGUUUUCCUUAUUUUCAAAGGCAAUCAUUUUUGAAUUAACUAUUGCUGCUAACGAUGCAUCACGCUCAAAUUGAAAAAUAAUUGCAUCCAAAAUUACUCUAUACUUGACUUUAUUCUUACUAGGAAUAAACAAUGAAAGAGCGUUAGGGGUGUAGUUAAUCAAUCUGUUUAGUAUAUAACAUGUCUUGUAAAGGUAUUGUAAUUACUUUUACGGUUGCUGUAAUAACUGAAAUUGCCUGUCAACAAAUUGCUGAAUCUAAUAGCACUGAUGAUAACUUAGUAUGCGGAACUGAUGUUAGAACAUACUUUUACCACGAAGUUGAAUCAAUAUUCGGUUUAAAAAUUCUGCAUCCGGGUCCAUGUAUAUUACAAGCGAACUUUAGACGUGACCUUACAGGAAUUCAUGGGAAUUUGCCGAAAUUUGUUUAUGACAGUAACAAACAAGCCUUUGGGUAUUCUGAAUAUGGAGGUGGGUGUCCAUGGCCUGGAAGCUCAUGUGGCCAGAGACCAGCAGGGUGUGGAAGUUGUACGUGGUGGCCUGGAGGUGUCACGUGUGAUUGGGGAUGCCGACCUGGAGUAAGGCCUGUAGAAGAGUUUAUACCUGGUGGAAAAGACGUACCGGUUGAAGAAUCUGGUUACAGACCUGGAGGGAAAGAUAAACCUGGAGGAAAUGGCAAACCCGGAGGAAAAGGUAAACCAGGAGGGAAAGGAAAACCUGGAGGAAAAGGUAAACCAGGAGGAAAAGGAAAACCUGGAGGAAAAGGUAAACCAGGAGGUAAAAAAAAACCAGGAGGAAAAGGUAAACCUGGAGGUAAAGGGAAACCAGGAGGUAAAGGGAAACCAGGAGGAAAAGGCAAACCUGGAGGAAAAGAUAAGCCAGGAGGAAAACCUGGAGGCAAAGUUCUGCCAGAAGAAAAUGGCAAACCAGGAGAAGGAAAACCUGGAGGUAAAAAUCAGCCAGAAGAAAUUGGUAAACCAGGGGGAGAAGGAAAACCUGGAGGUAAAGAUAAGCCAGAAGAAAAUGGUAAACCAGGAGGAGAAGGAAAACCUGGAGGUAAAGAUAAGGCAGAAGAAAAUGGUAAACCAGGAGGAGAAGGAAAACCUGGAGGUAAAGAUAAGCCAGAAGAAAAUGGUAAAUCACGAGGAGACGGAAAACCAGGAGAAAAAGAUAAGCCAAAAGAUGAUGACAAAUCUGGCGAAGGUGAAACCACACCCGGAGAUGAAAGCGAACUUAUAUCUGAGGAAGAAAGCAUAGACGAAAAUGAAAAUGAAUUUGAUCCAGAAAAUGAUAAAGUAAACCAGUCGGAAGAAGGAAAUCAUUAUGGUCCAGACAAAGAAGACGAUGGAGAAAAUGAAACGGAAAGUGAAGAAUAUAAGUCCCCCGAAAAUGACAAAGUGCCGAGUUCUGGGGAAAAUGGAAGAGAACCGAGUAAAGAAGAUAAAGGGGCGGAGACAGGAGAACACAGACCAGGCAAAGAAGACAAAGGGACCCAGACGGAUGAACAAGGUCCGAGCAAAAAAGACAAAGGAACUCAGACAGACGAACACAGUCCGGGAAAAUAUGACAAAGGCACACAGACAGAUGAAAACACUCCGGGCAAAGGAGAAGUGGGUACACAGACAGACAAGCACAGUCCAGGGAAAGAAGAUGAAGGCACACAGAAUGGAGAAUAUAAACCCGGUGAAAAAGACGACAGACCAGUCAUAGAUGGCAAAGAUGACAGAGGAAAGACAGGAGAAAAAAAAACUGACGAAUGUGUACGUAAACCAAAAAAUGGUGGAAAAUGUGGCAAACCAAAAGGAUGUAAUAAAGAAGGCUGUAUUUUCGGUUAGGUUCAAACUGUUAGGAGUAAGAAAAUGCAUACUGUGAAAUGUGCACAAUACAAAGAUCAAUUAAAAAGUAAUAAAAAAGCAGGACACGCGGCUUAAAAUAUGUAUAUAAGACAGUUUGCACUGCUCUCGACCCAACAUGUUUCUGAAAUUUUUUUUGCUAAUAUUAUCAAUACAAAAAUAUCUCAGGUCACUUCUGUACCUGAUCUGAUCUCUCUAGAUUUAACUGAAAAUUCUACCAACAAACUUACAAGAAUACAUUAUUAAAAUAACUAAAUCGACGUUUCUUUAAUUUUAGAAAAUGUCAAGGUAUAUAUCACAAUUGAAAUGUUUUGAAAAACAAUAGAAAAUCAGGCCGUUUUUGCAAGUGAAGUCUAGCUUACAAUGUCUAAGAAGAUGUAUUUCGAUGGGUAAGUGGAAUAUCGAGAUGUAUAUAGGUAGGUUUUUUUAUACGUCGAAAAAUUUGGGUGUUUCCAUCGAUUAUAUCGAUUGACUAUUUUGUUAAUGAUUAAUGUAAUAAAUGAAUAAGGGAACAUUUAA